ACCUGUCUCUCUCAAUUAGAGAAAUCGAUCACGCUAUCAUAUCUAUCACUCGCAUGAAAACAUACACGCACACCAACCUCUCAAAUCCCUUAUUUUUUUCCCAAAUUGAAACCCUAAAAGAACCCUAAUAAAUUAAUUCCACGAGAGAAAAUAAAGCCUGAUAAAUAACUAAUAAUGGAUCACCUUCACGAUCACGAAGAGGACGAGCACGAGCACGAGGUCUACGGAGGAGAAAUCCCCGAUGAAGGAGAGAUGGAUGCCGAUGUCGACAUGUCGUCUAGAGCUGAAGAAGAUGAGUACCAAGACCCUAACUCCAAGGAUUUAGAGGAUAUGAAGAAAAGAUUGAAAGAGAUCGAAGAAGAAGCCGGUGCACUACGCGAAAUGCAGGCUAAGGUUGAGAAAGAGAUGGGAGCUGUUCAAGAUUCUCCUGGUGCUUCUGCUACUCAAGCUGAAAAGGAGGAGGUGGAUUCCCGAUCUAUUUAUGUUGGUAAUGUGGAUUAUUCUUGUACCCCUGAAGAAGUGCAGCAGCAUUUUCAGUCCUGUGGAACUGUGAAUAGAGUGACUAUUUUGACCGACAAGUUUGGUCAACCAAAGGGAUUUGCUUAUGUUGAGUUUGUAGAGGUUGAUGCUAUUCAGAAUGCUCUCUUAUUAAAUGAAUCAGAACUUCAUGGCCGCCAGUUAAAGGUUUCUGCGAAGCGAACCAAUGUUCCUGGAAUGAAGCAAUUUCGAGGAAGGCGCCCAAGCCCUUAUGGGUUCAGGUCCCGGAGGCCAUUCAUGCCAGCUCCCUUCUAUCCUGCAUAUGGUUAUGGAAGGGUUCCGAGGUUCAGGAGACCUAUGCGAUACAGGCCAUACUAGUGAACAGGUAUUCUGUUAGUCCGAGGUUCAGGAGACCUAUGCGAUACAGGCCAUACUAGUGAACAGGUAUUCUGUUAGUAGUGAUAAAAGUGGUCUGAAGACAGCUGGCUCAUGCUUUGUGAUGACCAUAUCAAUAUUGUGAUAAUUUAAGGGACGAAAAGACUAGUGUAUCGUUAUUUGCAUGGCAAAGGCUGGAAAGAUUUUUCGCAAUCAAUAGCUUGCAAGAGUGCUGGAUUCAUGUUCACCAAAUCUUGCAUUUACCUGCUUUGGAUGGACAAAGGGUGCCAAACAUGCAAAAUGUUGUGGAAAUGAUUUUCAUGUACUUGUAACUUCGUCUACCAAUUUGAGUUCUUAAGUGAGGUUCAGUCAAAACUCUGGAGGAUUCAUAGCUAUAGCUUAUAACUCAAGCGGUUUGUUCUUCAGUUUAUAGAUGCCGCGUUGGUUCCCUUAUUAUCACAUUGAUUUUCAGGUUAA